AUGCGAAGGCAGCCCCCCCUCCGGCGGCUCCUGGCACUGGUCGGCACCGCGCGUGGCUUCCUCGCGACCGACAGCACGAUUCGGAAAUUGCAGGCUUCUGGUGACGGCUGCGCCUGCGUCGACUUCGCGAUGCCGGCGAUGACCUGCGACGACUACAUCGCGAGCCCCGACGGGGGCGAGGGUUGGUCGGAGCUCGACGGCGUCAGUGCGUGCGGCUGGAUCGAGGCGAAUUGGCCCCACGGCGGCGGGCCCGCGGACGGCUACGCCGGCUGCGACGGGUGCUGCUGCGGGGCGCGGAGCGACGCCCGCGGCUACCGCACGGCCGCGGAGGACGCCGCAUCCGGCUGCGACAGCUGGGACGCGCUCGUCGCGACGGCGGACUGCGUGAUUCGCCCGGACGUCACCAUCUCCGUGGUCGAGGGCAGCACUUACACGAUAGCCAGCGGCGCGAGCGCCUCCAUCCGCGGCGCCGGUGAGGCAUACUCGACCAUCGCCGGGUCGAACAACGGGUAUUGGCCGAUCUUCGUCCUGGACGAGCGCGCGGGUUCGCUCGAGCUCGCGGACCUGACGAUCAGAAGCGGCCACAACAGCGCCGACGCCGGCGCGAUCCGCAUGGAACCCGGCUCGACGCUGACGGUGAGCCGCGUGGUCUUCCGCGGGCACAUGGGCAUGAUGGGCGCUAUCAUGGCCACCGGCCCGUACGACGGCAUGCCCGCCGCCAGCCUCGCGUUCUACUCGACCAAAUUUUACGAAAACUCGGCGAAUCACGUCUGGGUCGGGAGCGGGACGACGGCGGCGUUCUACGACUGCGCGUUCGGCGCCCUGACGGACUUCUACGACGCCGCUAUGAUGAUGUGGAUUUACCAAUAUGGCGCCCUCGUUCUGGACGAGAACGCCCGCGCCGACCUCUACAGCUGCGACUUCGAGUCCACCUGGACCCUCUGGAUGAACCCGUCGUCGCUCGCGCGCGUGUACUGCACGUAUCCCGCGGGCCUCCACGCGACCUACGACUCCGAUACGAACGGCGACGUGUGGGCGGGGACUUUGGUGGACUACAGCGGCCAGGAAUGCCCACCCACGCCAAGCCCGGUUCCGCAGCCGACGCCUCAGCCCUCAUGGCAGCCGACGCCGCGCCCGAUCCCGAGCCCGACACCUGCCCCGACUGCGACGCCCGGUAACCCCACGGCCAAGCCCGUCUCCGCGCCGACGCCGCGCCCCACACUCGCGACUCCGCGCCCCACACUCGCUGGCGCGCUCGCGGGCGGCGCCGAAAGCUCCACCGACGCGACGGGCGGCUCCGGUGGCGGCGGCGGCGGUGGCGACGACGUGAUGGCCGCCGGCGGAGGUGCUGCCGCGGGCGCCGCGCUACUGCUAGCCGCCGCCGCCUUCUUCUUCUACCGUCGCAGCAAAGGGUCGAAUACGAAACAGAGGGCCCGCGGCGGCGGCGACCUCGAGGAAGGCGACGACCGCUCCGCGAUAGCGUUCGCCCGCCACGAGGAGACGUCGAGCGUCGUGCAGAACGGCAUGACGCUCGCGAGCGCUUUGCUCUCCGUCGGCAGCAGCCUCCCGCUCGUCGGGCGGCUCUGCGAAGCGGCUCAGUCCUGCCUUGGCUCGGCCGAGGAGUUCGGUGAGAAAGCGGAUGAUAUUUUGGUUGCGGCGAAGCGCGUCUGUGACGUGCUCAACGUUGUCCAGAUGAUGGCCCGGAACGCGGAUAAGCUCGCGGAGGGCCGCGAGCUGGUGGAGCAGGCGAUGCGGGAGCUCGUGGACCUGCUCGUCGAGUUCGACGGCGCCGUGCGCAAGUUCGGGAAGAAGGGCUGGCUGCAGCGCGCGUUCAAGAUGCAGAGUCAUGUCAAGUCGCUGGGCCGCCUCGACAAGCGCAUCGUCGCGCAGCUGCAGACCUUUCGGGACAUCUACCGGCUGUCGGUCGACCAUCUCAUGAUGGAGCGGACGUACCGCAUCGAAGCGUCGGUGGGGCAGCUCGUGUCGGAGCGCGUCCGCGCGACGGGCGAGUCCGAGGCGCAGGCCGCCGCGGCGCUCUCGGAGGACGCCGUCGCGGUCGCGCGCGUCGCCGUGGACGGCCGCGUCGCCGCGUCGGAACUGUCCAGCGAGCUCCAGGAGUUCAGGUUGGAAGUGAAGGAGGGCCUCGGGAACCUGGACACGAAGAUGCAGCAAAUGCUGGCCGGGCGGGACGGCGACAAGGCGGAGCUCGCCGGCAUCGCGAAGGCCGUCAACGCGGCCGCGGCGCGCGACGCCGAACUCAUGAAGGCCGUCGAGGCGGGCGCGGCGCGCGACGCGCAAAUCCUGGAGGCAGUCGAGGCCGGCGCGCAACGCGACGCGGGCCUGCGGCAGCAGAUCCGCGGGCUCGGCGACUCGCUGCGGCGCAAGACGAAGAAGGAGUCCGUGCGCCAGCUCAAGGAAUCCCAGCUCGCCCAGUUCGAGGUCGUGCCCGACUACGUCGAGGACAAGCCGUUCGCGCGCGGCGGCGAGGGCGAGGUCUUCAUGGGCGAGUAUCAAGGCGACAGUGUCGUGCUCAAGAAGAUGUCACUCGUGGGCAUGACGGCGACGAAGCGCCAGAAAAUGCUCAAUUCUUUCAAGAGCGAGCUCGCGAUCAUGGUGCGGCUGCGGUCGCCGCGCGUCGCCCACUUCUACGGCGUGGUCACGACGGAUACGACGUUCCUCGGCCUCGUGAUGGAGUACUGCGCCGGGGGCUCGCUACGCGACGCCCUCAACACCGACGACGAGAUCACGUCGGACCGGCGCCGCAUCUGGGUGUCGGACGUCGCCCUGGGCAUGGCGCACUUGUACUCGCAGGGCGUCGAGCAUCGCGACUUAAAGGCGCUGAACGUAUUGCUCACGCACGAUCUCCGCUGUAAGGUGACGGACUUUGGCUUGUCGAAGUGCGAGGAUCUGAAGACGACGGCCACCGCGACGAUGGGCGGCGCGGGCCUGGCGGGCACGCCGGCCUUCAUGGCGCCGGAGCUCUUGGAAGACAACACGUUUACGGAAAAGAGCGACGUGUACUCGUACGCCAUCGUGCUGUGGGAAAUCUGGGACCGCGGUGUGCCGUGGGGCGGGCUGAAGCCGGUGCAGAUCACGCGAAAGGUCGUCGACAAGCGCGAGCGGCCGCCAGUGCCGACCGGGAUGCCGGCCGAGCUCCGGAAGCUGAUGGUCCGCGCCUGGGCGCACCAGCCGGCGGACCGGCCCGAUUUCGAGGAAAUUGCCGCCGCGGUGCGCGUGUCGACGCCGCGGGGCGCCGGUCCUAAUGCUCCGUCGUGGGGGGGCAGCACCGGCGGCACCACCGCGCAAGGCUCGACCAAGUCGAUGGGCAGCGGCUGGUGGUCACGGUCCUAGAACGCGCACCCGCGCAAGGCCGCCGUCUUGAAUUCCCCUCUCCCCGUUUCCCCAACUCGUCGCGGCCGUCAUAUCUAUGAUACGUCGCGUCGCGAGUUG